UUGAACCUUAAUGAAGAAACAAAACGUAUCGAUAAAGUGGAUUAGAUCUUUACAAGUUCUUGUUGUGGGAAGUUGUUUCUGAGUCUUGAUAACAAUUUCGAAAAAAAGCAUGUCGUCCAAGCAAAUUCGACACAUUUUGCAACUGUCGCCCAUCGAACGAAAGCAGUUUUUGGAUUCAUUUGACUAUGUUAUGUUCGAUUGUGAUGGAGUCUUGUGGACCGUAUUCGAAUCGAUUCGGGGAGUGCAGCACGCGCUUGAUGCUCUCCGCUGCGCCGGAAAAACACUACGCUACAUUACCAACAACAGCGUGCGACCCUUCGCUAGUUACGCCACCCAGUUCCGGUCCCUAGGCAUAGACCUGCGACCAGAGGAUAUCGUUCAUCCGGCGCUCUCGAUCGUUCGAUAUCUCAAGCGGUCCCACUUCCAGGGUUUGAUCUACUGUUUGGCCACGGAAAACUUCAAGAACGUGCUUCUCCAAGCCGGAUUUGAUUUGAUCGAUGGUCCAACCGAACCAAUGGAGGAGUCCUUCCGGAAGAUUAUUGCUACGGUUAAUGAUAAGGCACCGGUUGGAGCGGUGAUUAUUGACGUGGAUUUCAACAUGAACUAUCCGAAGUUGAUGCGAGCGGAGUUCUAUCUGAAAAGGGACCCCAACUGCCUGCUGUUGGCCGGGGCCACCGAUCGAGCGUUGCACGUCCGUCCCGGCAUGAACGUUAUUGGACCGGGGGAUUUUCUGGACAUUCUGGAAAGCGCAACAGGCCGCAGUGCCAUUAUUUUGGGUAAACCGGGUCCGCAGCUGGCAGAGCAGGUGAUCUCCAUCUACGGGAUUGAGGAUCCGAGGAGAGUUUUGUUCGUGGGGGACAUGUUGCGGCAGGAUAUCGCCUUCGGAGCCCGUUGUGGAUUUCAACGAAUGUUGGUGUUAUCUGGUGGUGCCACCGUUGAGCAAAUGCUGGCCGAGGGCGAUCAAGAGUGUGUACCGGACUACUACGCCGAUAGUGUGGCGGAUUUUGCCAAGUUGAUCGAGGGAUGAUUUUUGACGUUGAUAGUGGCUUGGAAGUGUGACACUUCUCUCACUUCUAUACCACAUUUGUCAAGUGUUUUUGCACAUAGCAGAAGAUCAAGAUUACUUGUUUUUCAAAUACUUAUUCAAACACAAUAAAGGUACCCAUACAUUAAUCCAA